AUGGAGCUCGAGUGGUUCCCCCUACGCUCGUGGGCGUUUGUCCUUGCUGUCGGCAUUGUGGGCGUUGCAAAUGCCCAGCAAUUCACCGAUAUCACGCUCGGCCACGCCGCCUACCCGGGGCUCAGCGAGCAGUGCUACGAAGCCCUCAACACGACGGUACAGAGCUGCCCGGGCUUCUUGGCUGUGCAUUCGGUUGAGAUGCCUCGCCUGGCGUCCCCUAUACUCGACGCUUUGUGCACUUCUGGCUGCAAGUCAUCGCUGACCUCGGUCCGCGGCGUCAUUGCCUUGGGCUGCGCGGCCAACACGGACGUCAUUGAGAUGGGUCGUGUCGUGUACCCGGCGACAUACCUGAUCGACCGCAUGAUUCACGCCUAUGACGUUUCCUGUGCAACGGACAGCGCCUCGGGCGUGUAUUGUGAUGAGAUCUACCUUGACAACCUCGCCAACGGAACGACCGCUGACGGCUGCUCCGACUGCGCCCUUGGCGUUGGCAGCAUUCUGCUGAACUCACCAUUUGGCUACGAUGCUGGAUUUGCCGCCGACUUCCAGUCUCAGACGGCGAGCUGCGGGGCGGCCGGCUACGACAUCACCUCUCCCGCUCCGUAUGCCAUCAGCACGAAGCCGCACUCGUCCCCCACCGGGGCUCCGACGUGUGCGUCGCCGUAUAUCGUCCAGCCCGGGGACACAUGUGACUCAAUCGCCACGGCGAAGGGGGUGUCGACACACUCGGUCAUCAGGGCCGGCCAAGCCAUGCCCGACUGCUCCAACCUGGUCCCUGGCAAGGCGCUGUGCCUACCGGAGCCGUGCACCUUGUACCGCGUCCAGUGGGACGACACCUGCGCCGAUAUCCUGGCGGCCGUGCCCGGCUUGAGGGCUCACGAUCUGCUGACGUGGAACCCGAAUAUCAACCCGCUGUGCACCAACAUCGACUCCAUGUAUGAUGAUCAGAUCUGCGUCAGUCCGCCCGGAAGAAGCCUGGAGGACGUGACGACAAUCACCACGGGGCCGCCGCCCACCGCAACUCAGCCACCCCCCACGGCAGUCCCCCGCCCUCCCAACGCAAAGGCCGAGUCGCACGACCAGUGCGCGGGCUGGUACGAGGUACAGAAUGGCGAUUACUGCCAGCUCAUCUCGGUCCAGCAUGGCAUAGAAAUCCGCGAUUUCUUCUUCCUCAACCCAUCCGUCGACGAUCCCGACUGCACCAAUCUCUGGCUCGAGACAUCGUACUGCGUCAAGGCGGUAGGCGAUAUCAACACGUACCCCAGCUACCCCUAUUCCACCACUCCUCUAUACACCCUAACGCCUUCCGACUAUGUCACCACCACAUGGCCGCCUCUUCAAACUGUCGCGCCCAGCGCCACGCCCAUUGUCGUGCUUCCGCUGGCCGCCGGCUCGCACGCCGAGGCUGACGGAUGCCUCCGGUUUGCCCAACACCAGCCCAUCCCCAUCCCGAGAGAUCAGUCCGAACAGACAGAUGUGCCUUCCCUGACCAAGACGGUCAACUCCUGCGAUUAUGUGAGCGCCGCGCACAACGUGCUUCUCGAGGAAUUCCUCGCAUGGAACCCGAGUCUCGAGGGAUUGGACCCUUGUCAGCUGCAGACGGGCUACCGGUAUUGCGUGGCGCACAGCAACGCUACGGAGAGAGAUACUUCCGGGGGCGAGUGCCUCGAAAUCACAACAACGCCAGAGCCCGGCACGAUUGAUACCUGCUCCUGCUUUACUCUCCUUAACGGGUUCGACGCUGGCAAAUAUCUCUGCGAGGAUAUUGUCCACAGCAAGAACUUCACCGUGAGCGACCUGCUCAACUGGAACUCGUGGAUCGGCAGUAGCGAAGCCGACUGUGAUGCUGGCCUCUAUGCCGGUCUCGCGGCCACAGACGAGCGCCCGCUCUGCAUCAACGGAGUAGGCGGCUCGCCCGGGACGGACCCCGUCACUCCUCCCGGUCCGACGCAGCCGGGCAUUGUUGAUGGUUGUCGGGCGUACUACCUCGCCGUCGCCGGUGAUGGUUGCUGGGACAUUGCUAACAACCACGGCAUCUCGCUCGAAGACUUGUAUGCCUGGAACCCGGCGCUUAAUGGGGAUUGCUCCGGCCUCUGGCCCGACUACGCCUACUGUGUUGAGGGCCCCUCGUCCUCGGGGCCGGGCACACCGCCAGGGCCGACGCAGCCGGGCACGAUCGAGACGUGCCAGGCGUGGCACUUGGUUGUUGCGGGGGAAGGGUGCUGGGAUAUCCAGCAGCUUUAUGGUAUUCCCGACUACGCCACCUUGCUGCUUUGGAACCCCGCUCUCGGGGCUAACUGUGAGGGCCUGUGGCUGGAUUAUGCCAUCUGCGUCGGAGUCUGA